AUGGCCGAGUCUAAAAUUUCAGUAGCUCAGGAUGAGUUCAGCUGUUCAGUCUGUCUGGAAACACUGAAGGAUCCAAUAACUAUUCUUUGUGGACACAGUUUCUGUAUGGUGUGUAUUAAUAACUGCUGGGAUCAGGAGGAUGAUCAGGGAACAUACAGCUGUCCACAGUGUAGACAAUCCUUCACUCCAAGACCUGUUGUGAGGAGAAACACCAUGCUGGCUGGAGUUGUGGAGAAACUGAAGAAAACAGAACUUCAAGCUCCACAUCCUGGUCACUGUUCUGCUGGAUCUGAAGAUGUGGAGUGUGAUUCCUGCACUGGGAAAAAAUACAAAGCUGUUAAAUCCUGUCUGGUGUGUUUGGCCUCUUUCUGUGAAACUCACCUUCAGCCUCAUUAUCGAAUUCCUUCUUAUAAGAAGCACAAGCUGGUUGAAGCUUCCAGACGACUCCAGGAUCAGAUCUGCUCUCAGCAUGAUAAACUGCUUGAGGUUUACUGUCGUACUGAUCAGCAGUGUAUCUGCCUGAUGUGUACCAUGGAUGAUCAUAAAGGACAUGAUACAAUAUCAGCUGCAGCAGAAAGAACUGAGAAACAGAAGCAGCUGCUGGAGAUCCAGAGAAAAUUCCAGGAGAAAAUCCAGAAGAGAGAGAAGGAACUUUGUGAGCUGAUAAACGCUGUGGAGUCUCACAAGUGUUCUGCACAGACAGCAGUGAAGAACAUUGAGAGGAUCUGUACUGAACUAAUCAACUCAAUUAACAGAAGAUGCUCUGAGCUAAAAUAUCUGAUCAGAGAUCGAGAGGCAGCAGAAGUAAGUCAAGCAGAAAAACUCCUGAAACAGGUGGAACAGCAGAUUGUAGAGCUGAAGAGGAAAGAUGCUGAACUGGAACAGCUUUCACACACAGAGGAUCCCGUCCAUUUCCUCCAGAAUUUUCAGUCUCUCUCGGCUCCUGCUGGAUCUGCAGAAUCAGCCGCCAUCACAAUCAGUCCUUUCCUCUCAUUUGAUGAUGUUACAAAGUCUGUAUCUCAGCUGAGAGAGAAAGUAGAAGAAUUCUGGAAAGAUCAGUGU